GGAGGUUGAGCAGGAGCAGAAAGGCACUCUAGAGAGAGCUCAUGUGAUCUAUCACAUGACAGUCUAGCUGCAGAAAGGCGGAAUGGGACUCCGAGAGUGCCUUCUAGGGCUUGCUGCCCUCACUGUCGCCAGCAAAUGCAGUUACAGCCCUGAGCCCGACCAGCAGCGAACACUGCCCCCAGGAUGGGUGUCCCUGGGCCGUGCAGACCCCGAGGAAGAGCUGAGUCUCACCUUUGCCUUGAGACAGCAGAACCUGGAGAGACUCUUGGAGCUGGUGCAGACUGUGUCGGAUCCUGGCUCCCCUCGCUAUGGAAAAUACCUAACACUAGAGGAGGUGGCUGAGCUGGUGCGGCCAUCAUCACUGACCCUCCACACGGUCCAAAAAUGGCUCCUGGCAGCUGGAGCCCGGAGCUGCCACUCAGUGACCACACAGGACUUCCUAACUUGCUGGCUAAGUGUGCGACAGGCAGAGCUGCUACUUUCUGGGGCUGAGUUUCAUCGCUAUGUGGGAGGACCUUCCAAGACCCGUGUCCUACGGUCCCCUCAUCCCUACCGGCUUCCAAAGGCUUUGGCCCCCCAUGUGGACUUUGUUGGGGGGCUGCACCGCUUCCCCCCCAUUUCAUCAUCCCUGAAACAACGGCCUAAGCCACAGGCGGUAGGCCCUGUUGGCCUGCAUCUGGGAGUGACCCCAUUCGUGAUCCGAAAGCGAUACAACUUGACAGCACAAGAUGUGGGCUCCGGCACCACCAACAACAGCCAAGCCUGUGCACAGUUCCUGGAACAGUAUUUCCAUGACUCAGACCUGGCCAAGUUUAUGCGCAUCUUUGGGCAGAGUUUUCCUCACCAGGCUUCGGUAGCCCGAGUGGUCGGGAAGCAGGGCCGGGGUCACGCCGGGAUUGAGGCCAGUCUGGAUGUGGAGUACCUGAUGAGCGCAGGCGCCAACAUUUCUACCUGGGUUUACAGCAGUUCCGGCCGGCACGAGUCACAGGAGCCCUUCCUACAGUGGCUCCUGCUGCUCAGUAACCAGUCAGUGCUGCCACACGUGCACACCAUCAGCUAUGGAGAUGACGAGGACUCUCUCAGCAGCACCUACAUCCAGCGGGUCAACACUGAGCUCAUGAAGGCCGCCACGCGGGGCCUCACCCUGCUCUUUGCCUCAGGUGAUAGUGGGGCUGGGUGUUGGUCUGUCUCUGGAAGCCACCAGUUCCGUCCCAGCUUCCCUGCCUCCAGCCCUUACGUCACCACUGUGGGAGGCACAUCCUUCCAGAACCCAUUCCGCAUCACGAAUGAGGUUGUUGACUAUAUCAGUGGUGGCGGCUUCAGCAAUGUGUUCCCACGGCCUUCAUACCAGGAGAAAGCAGUAACCCAGUUUCUGAGUUCCAGUCCCCACUUGCCACCAUCCAGUUACUUCAAUGCCAGUGGCCGCGCUUAUCCAGAUUUAGCAGCCCUUUCUGAUGGCUACUGGGUGGUCAGCAACGGUAUGCCCAUUCCAUGGGUAUCCGGCACUUCGGCCUCAACUCCAGUGUUUGGGGGGAUCCUGUCCCUGAUAAAUGAACACAGAAUCCUCAGUGGCCGUCCCCCUCUGGGUUUCCUUAACCCAAGGCUUUACCAGCAGCGUGGGGCAGGACUCUUUGACGUAACCCGUGGCUGCCACGCAUCCUGUCUGAAUGAAGAGGUGCAAGGCGAAGGUUUCUGCUCUGGCCCUGGGUGGGAUCCUGUGACUGGCUGGGGAACACCCAACUUUCCAGCGCUGUUGAAGACACUGAUCAACCCCUGACUGGGCUGGUAGUUUGGUCCGUUAUUUUGCACUGUUGGAAGCCCUGCUGAACCCUUAACUGUUAACUGCUUCAGACAGUUUAUCUCCCCAAGCCUGAAAUGCUGUGUGCUUGACUCCCCACCCCACCCUGCCUCAACAUACUCAGGUCUCCCAGGUCCCGCCUCAUGUUCCUCUGUGGAUACUAUAAUAACCAGUACUGUUUCGGAGCCCUGCUCGCCAGCCCUAGUCCCUCACCACUCCUCCUUUUCAACCAAGCUUUCCCAAAGGGCUGUCCACACUGUCUUGUGUACACAAGACACGUGUCCUGUAUAUUUUUUCCUUAGUGUAGUGCAGUGAUAUCUCUGCUCUUGAUUUUAUCCCCUACCCUGACACUAAGAAACAAAGGUCUCUGUGUUACUUUAAGGUUUCUGCAUAUAGCUGCUAUCUCUCUCUCCUUUCUUAGCUUCCACGGCUUAACUUCUUUUGACAUUCUUUCUUCCUCCUUCCUUCCCCCUAUAUCAUCUUUCUCUGCUUCCUCAAUGAAUUAGAACACCCACUGUUCUAAUCUUGCUCUUCUCACUUUACCUGUUAUUCCUGAAACAAAGCAAUCACUGCCAUCCAUUUCAUCACCACUUCACUAGUUCAGGCCUAUCCAACAGUGAUUGAUAAUUCAAAUGCAAGAUAUGAUGAUGUAAGGUCUCCUUCCGUUUCAGUCCCAAAGGUAUUUUUUUUCCCUGUCGUUGGUUACAUAAUUAGAAGAUUACAAUGUAUAGUUCCAUACUAUACCCACUACCAAAGUUCCAAGAGCUUGGGAGUAAGUGAUAGGUGAUACUUGCUAAGUGAUACAAGGCUUCUUCCAGCCAAGCCCAAAAUGAAAGUGUUAUCCUAGACUCCCCAAUCUUCCGUUGACACCUGCUUUACUUCUUAGAUAUAACUUUAUCCAACACAAGUUCUGUCAGUUAUAUUCCUCAAGUAUCUCUAGAACUCAACUUUUCUUCAUCACUGUUAGCUACCAUAUUAGAACCAUAUUCUCUCUCUUCUGAAGUGUAAGUGGUCCUUGCAAAAAGUAUCCUUAUUUCCUACCCCCACUUUCCUAAACUAUCAGAGUAAAACACAAAUCGUUAGGUCAUUUCUUUGACUAAGGUCCUUCAAAGAUAACUGGACUUUCUAGCAUGGCUCACAAAUCUGAUCCCUUUCUUGCUAUUAGUUCCUGAGUAAUAAACUACCCUUUCCUCUGUG